AUGGCUGUUCGUAGUGAUAAGAGACGUCGUGAUUCUCAGGAUGAUAGUAGUAGACAGGUUGACAAGAGAUUAAGAUUAGAGGGGGGAUCACAGGGGACACAGGGAACUGCAGUUAAUGAAGUCGAAUUUGAGGUCCUGCAAGGUUAUAGAAAGUUUUCUGAAGCUGUAGCGGAAGAUCGAGCUAGAAUGGCACGUACUGGUGAUAUUGAUAUUGCCGUUAAAAAUUUACAAGCAGUGGAUUCCUUAUUUAAUCAGUUGACAGGCUCUAGAAAUAACGGAUUAUUUGCCCAUGAUUCUCGUGCCAUGUUGAGUAUCAGCGAACUGGCUCAGAUCAGUGUAAGGAAUUUAAAGUUUGAUAACUUUAGAAGUUUGGUGAAUUUAGAAGAUGUUUUGAAUAGUUUGAAAAAAUACAUGCUUAGGGAUUAUUUCGAAUGGAACGGUAUCUCAGAAGGUAAUGCAGCAUCUUCUAUGAUGAACCAAAGUCAGAACGGGGCUAGAGAUGGCGAAGAAGUCGGAGGAGAUGAUAAUGAUGACGAAGAAGAGGAACAAAGUGAUAAUAUUAGACAAACUGAAAUGAGGAAAUGCCAUCUCAAGCAGUACAGUGGUUACGAAGAUUUUUAUCAACUCAAUUGGUUCAAAUUGGGUGGUCUUUUCAACAAUUUAAGCAGAAAAGUCAGUACAGUAGAUCAUCUGUUGGGACCCUUUUCAAUGCAGAGAAAGACAAGAGCACCAGUAGUACGAAAGGAACAAGAUACUGUAGGAGCUCUUACCACAGCGGAAAAAGUGACUCAAAGCUCUUUAAAUUCUACACAACAAAUUACUACACCAGAGCAGGUAAAGAGAAUGUUCAAAAUAUUAGAGAGAAAAAAUGGUAAGCGCCAAAUCAACUUGUUCAAAUUUGUGAUUAAUCCUCAGUCGUUUUCGAAAAGCGUGGAAAAUCUCUUUUAUGUUAGUUUUUUAAUCAAAGAAGGUAGAGUAGUUUUAGAGGAAGAUCAAGAUGGUUUCCCCAGUAUAAGAAUUCGAGGUGGGCCGCCGACGGACCCCAAAGCCAGGGAAAUUGAAAUUAGAAAGAGACGUGAAGCUUCUGAAAACCAUAUAAUUUUUCAAAUGGAUAUGCCUACGUGGAAGAAAUUGAUAGAAAAGUUUGAUAUACGAUCAGCCUUUGUAGAAUAA